AUGGAAGAGGCCAGCAAGGUUCCGUGCCCGGGGCAGCUGGGGCUGCUGGCGGAGCUGGGCUCCGACUUCUCAGACGUUCAGGUGGCCCUGGUGCAGUGGACGGAGAGCGUCGGCCUCACCCUGGUCAGCAGAGACCUCGCCUCCAUGCAGCUGAGGACCCCCAGCGGCCAGAUCCUGACCUACUGCAUCCUGCAGAUGUUCCCGUUCACCUCGGAGAGCAAGCGCAUGGGGGUUAUCAUCCGGGACGAGUCCACUGCAGAAAUCACCUUCUACAUGAAAGGGGCCGACGUGGCCAUGUCCUCCAUCGUGCAAUACAACGACUGGCUGGAGGAGGAGGUAAGCUGCGCCUCCCGCCCUGCCCAUGGUGCACGCCGUCCCUGGGGGAGAUACGACCCCACCUCUUAACCAGACGGUAUUGCUUCUCCACCAUGUUACUUUAAGUGAGCCCGGUUCCUGUCAACUUCGUGCAGUAGGAAGGACAGGAGUUCUGUUUAAUUACAAAUAGCUUACUUUCUGUAUAAACAACUACUGUUUUUGGUUUUUGUGUGACUGCGUGUAGAUAUAUAAGUAGGUCCUUAUUAAUUAUAUUUUGUUCAUAUUAGUGAAAAGAUAGCAUUACUAAUCAUUCACUAAAAAUUCUAAAAUAAUAUUACAUAUACAACCAAAGUUAUAUUGUAAUAUAUUUAUUUUGUAACCUUUGUUAUUUGCAAGAUUUUAAUUAGGAUUUUAAUGUCCUUCUAAUUUGUGUGUAGGAUUCACUGUAAAAAUAGAAAAUAAGAUACAAAUAUGAUCAAUCCUACAUUUCAUCAAAUUCUCCCUGAAGAGAUAGGAUUUAUAUUCAGCCUCAUGAGGUCAUUUUAUUGUCUGUUUGUUUCUGUGUUAACAGAAAAGUUGGAUUUCAGAGUAAAACUGAACCUCUGUCCUACGUACGGGUCACCCCGUCAUGGCGCAGGCACGGUCGGUCAGGGUGGGGGCCGCACGCACCCCCACGUCCACAGCAGUAUUGGCAAUAUGAAUCAAUAGCUCCUUCAGGCACUUGGAUUUAAUCAGGCACAUGAAUAAAUUAAAUUCCCUGAAGACCUAGUAAAAUGCCAUAAAAAUUACUUUUGGUCAUAAUGAUGUGUAAUUAAUUAUAAAAUACUUGUUUAAUUUAUUUAGC